AUGGUGAAAGAAAAGAAAAAAGCAGACAAAAGAGGGGAGAAGUCGGCCCCCUCUCCCUCAUCUCUCUCUGAUAAUCUAGACUUUUCCAAACAAGAUGGCAACACCACUAGGCAAGAGAUGUCCCCAGCUGGCGUCCCAUUGCUGGGAAUGCAGCUUAACGAAGUGAAACCCAAAAAAGACCCCCGAAACGUUCAGCAGAAUGAAGAUGCCACCCAAUACGAAGAGUCCAUUCUGACCAAACUCAUCGUGGAGAGCUAUGAAGGGGAGAAAGUUCGUGGGCUGUAUGAGGGAAAAGGCUUCACAGUCUUUCAAGGCGGUUGUACCUUCGGUAUGUUUUCAGAAGGACUCAUGCAUGGACAAGGGACUUAUAUUUGGGCCGAUGGAUUAAAAUACGAGGGUGACUUUGUGAAGAAUGUCCCGAUGAACCACGGCGUGUACACGUGGCCGGACGGCAGCAUGUACGAAGGCGAAGUGGUCAACGGCAUGAGGAACGGGUUCGGGAUGUUCAAGUGCAGCACCCAGCCCGCAUCCUACAUCGGCCACUGGUGCAAUGGCAGGCGGCACGGGAAGGGCUCCAUUUAUUACAAUCAAGAGGGUACGUGUUGGUAUGAGGGAGACUGGGUGCAAAACAUCAAAAAGGGCUGGGGAAUAAGAUGUCAUAAAUCUGGAAAUAUAUACGAAGGCCAGUGGGAAGACAACAUGCGCCACGGGGAGGGGAGGAUGAGGUGGCUGACCGCCAAUGAAGAGCACACCGGGCGGUGGGAAAGGGGCCUCCAGAAUGGCUUUGGAACACACACAUGGUUUCUAAAGAGAAUCCCCAGUUCCCAGUAUCCCUUGAGAAAUGAAUACAUAGGGGAGUUUAUAGACGGACAUCGUCACAGAUGUGGCAGGUUUUAUUACGCCAGUGGAGUCGUGUACGACGGAGAAUGGGUUUCCAAUAAGAAACAUGGCACGGGCCGAUUAACUUUCAAGAACGGGCGUGUGUACGAAGGCGCAUUCUCCAAUGACCACAUAGCCGGGUUUCCAGAUCUUGAAGUUGAAUUCAUCAGCUGCCUAGACCUGUCUCCAGGAGUUGCCCAAAGAUUGUCCAGGAGUGCCGAACUGAUCAGAAAGCUUGAUGGCAGUGAAAGUCAUUCUGUGUUGGGGUCGAGCAUUGAGCUGGAUCUAAAUUUGCUCCUGGACAUGUACCCUGAGGCAGCCCGACCUGAAGAAAAGAAGCAGGUAGAAUAUGCUGUGUUAAGAAAUAUUACAGAAUUAAGAAGAAUCUACAGCUUUUAUAGCAGCCUGGGAUGUGACCACUCUCUGGAUAAUACCUUUCUGAUAAAGCUUCACUUCUGGAGAUUUCUAAAAGAUUGCAAAUUUCAUCACCACAGACUAACUCUUGCUGAUAUGGACAGGAUAUUAAGUGCCACUAAUGACAUACCAGUUGAAGAAAUCCAUUCUCCAUUUACAACAAUACUUCUGAGAACAUUUUUUAAUUACCUCCUGCCUUUGGCAUACCACACUUAUCACGAAGAGUUCCAAAAGAGAAGCCCAUCGCUCUUCUUGUGUUUUACAAAACUGAUGAUGGAGAACAUUCAUCCAAAUGCCUGCCAGAUAAAAGGCAAUUUAUUUUGUGAGCAACAGCGGACGCUCUACUCUAUGAAUUACAUGAAUAAGUGCUGGGAGAUCUAUCUAGCUUACUGCAGACCCCGCGCAGCGCCUCCCCAUGAGCCUACAAUGAAGAUGAGACACUUCCUCUGGAUGCUGAAACUGUUUACAAUUAUAGGCAGUUAUGGUUUGAUUUUCUUUCUUACAGGACUAAAUAAAGAAUUAACAGUAGCUACAUUUAUGGAAGUCACAGCAGAGGAUAAUCCUUUCAUAUAUGAUGGAAUUGACAGCAACUUUGAACCUGAGCUGGUUUUCCUGGAAUUCUUUGAAGCUCUCUUAAGCUUUGCGUUCGUAUGUGUUACUGACCAAAUGACUAAAUCCUAUGCAAAUGUUCCAACUGAUGAUGUGUCUGGAAAUAAACAUGAAACUAUUUAUACAAUACUCAAUCAGAGGAAGAAGCCAAGAGACAAGACUGAGGUGGACAUCACGGUGAUGAAGGAGCCGGUGGACGUGUCAUCCUCUUAUCUCAUACUGGACCCUCCCAAGGAGGACGUGACCAUUUCCCCGUCCAGCAAGACCAUCACCAGCAAGAAGCAGCAGCAGUAG